AUGAAUUUGGAGGACCAUUUAUCGUUAGGUGAGUUUCAUAUAUCGAAUCUUAUAAAGAAUCAUAUCUCUAGAGGAUCAUCGAGACAAGCUCUGCUUCUGUACCAAGAAAUUCGCCGGAAAGGAGUGUUUUUUCCGGGAUGGAUUCCUCUGCUUUUGAAAGCCUGUGCUUGCGCUCCAUGCGUUGUUCUCGGGAAGCUGCUGCAUUCCGAAUCGAUAAAGUUCGGAAUUUGCUCUGACGUUAUGGUGGGAAGCUCUCUGAUCAGCAUGUAUGGGAAAUGGAGAUGUGUAGUCUCUGCGCGUAAGGUGUUCGAUGAAAUGCCUGAGAGAAACGUAGCGACUUGGAACGCUAUGAUCGGUGGGUAUAUGAACAACGGUGAUGCAGUUUCGGCUACUAGAUUGUUCGAGGAGAUCAACGGUGGUAGAAAUACAGUGACUUGGAUCGAGAUGAUGAAAGGGUAUGGGAAGAGAAACGAGACAGAGAAAGCGAGAGACUUGUUUGAGAGGAUGCCUUUAGAGUUAAAGAAUGUGAAGGCUUGGUCUGUGAUGCUUGGAGUUUACGUUAGUAAUAGAGAGAUGGAAGCUGCAAGGAAGCUUUUUGAGGAAGUACCUGAGAAGAACACGUUUGUGUGGUCAUUGAUGAUCUCUGGGUAUUUUAGGAUUGGUGAUGUUCAUGAGGCUACAUCUGUUUUUGACCGUGUUUUUGUUCGUGAUUUGGUGAUAUGGAACAGUUUGAUCGCUGGUUAUGCAAAGAAUGCUUACUCUGAUGAUGCUAUUGAUGCUUUUUAUAGGAUGCAAGGAGAUGGGUUUGAAGCGGAUGCAGUGACGGUUUCAAGUGUUUUAUCUGCUUGUGCUCAAUCAGGUCGUCUUGAUGUUGGCAGAGAAGUUCACUCUCUGAUUAACUUCAAAGGAAUUGAACUUAAUCAGUUUGUUUCCAAUGCAUUGAUCGACAUGUAUGGUAAAUGUGGGGAUCUUGAGAAUGCGACGUCUGUGUUUGAGUCGUUGAGUCUGAGAAGUGUAGCUUGCUGGAACUCGAUGAUCUCGUGUCUCGCCAUUCAUGGGAAAGGCAAAGAAGCUUUGGAGAUGUUUAGAACGAUGGAGAGGUUUGAUACAAGUCCUGAUGAGAUCACUUUUCUUGCGGUUCUCACUGCUUGUGUUCAUGGAGGGUUUCUAGAGGAAGGUCUGAAGAUAUUCUUGGAGAUGAAGAGGAAAGAUGUGAAACCUAAUGUGAAGCAUUUUGGAUGUUUGAUUCAUCUUUUGGGACGGUCAGGGAAACUGAAAGAGGCUUACGGAUUGGUUAGAGAAAUGCCUGUGAAACCGAAUGAUACAGUGUUGGGAGGUUUACUUGGGGCAUGCAAGGUUCAUAUGGAUACAGAAAUGGCUGAACAAGUGAUGAAGAUCAUCGAGACUGCGGAAAGUAGCAGAAACGGUGAGAGAGAAAACCAUCUUGUGUCGAUAUCGAACUUGUAUGCACACACCGAGAGAUGGCAAACAGCUGAAAUGUUGAGAGUUGAAAUGGAGCAAAGAGGUCUUGAGAAAUCCCCAGGGUUUAGCUCACUAGUUUUGACAUGA